UUACAAAUUGGAUUACAAUUUGGGUCACAAGAUAUGAAUUUAUUGAAAGAAGAACUUAAAGAAAAUAGAACAUACAUAACAAAAGAGAAAAUCUCAUUAGUAAAAAGAAAUAACAACAUAGAAACACUUAAAGAACAAAACAACAAUACUUCUACACAUAAUAAAGAGGCUAUUAAAGUCAAUACAUAUAAUGAAGAGGUCUUUGAAACUAGUACAUAUAAUGAAGAUAACAUUUAA